AUGGCUAAUGGACACUUCACUGAGAUAAACAUCCUAAGAACAUCGGAAUGGCAUGGCAACAGGCACCAAGUCAAGUAUGAAUGGACUCCCAAGUACGCCUUGCUCAUGGGACACACCAUGUUUCUGAUGGGUGGUGGGAUGUUGUUCCAACAUUGGGUAGAGGCAUACUUGAAACAGCCCUUAAAUGCGGCUGCUCUGUGCUUUGCUAGUAACAAGGACUGGUGGAAGAGUGAAAAAAUAUUUUGCUGUGUUGCCUCCGCUCUAAUUUGUCAUAUAGGUAUU